AAUAAAAAACAGCUGUUAACAAUUUCAUUCAUAAUCAAUGUUUGAAAAAUGAGACGACAUCUUCAGCAAAAUAUUAAACAGUUGACCACCAGUUAUGCCAACGGCUUUUAUUCUCCGAAAGAAGUCACCGAUUGUGCCUUGGAUGAUACUGUGAAGCUGAAAGAUUUGAAUGCAUUUAUCAAAAUAACUCCAGAACUGGCUUUGCACCAAGCCAAGGAGUCCGCGCUCCGUUAUCAUGAACAGCAGGCCAAAGGGCCACUAGACGGCGUAACUGUAGCAAUAAAGGAUAAUUUCUGCACGAAGGGCAUACACACAACAUGUGCAUCCAAAAUGCUGGAAAACUUCGUACCUCCCUACAAUGCCACAGUGUACGAACGUUUGGCUCAAGCAGGAGCUGUGUUAGUGGGCAAAACUAACAUGGACCAGUUUGCUAUGGGAUCUGGAACUGUCGAUUCUAUAUUUGGUCCUGCAAAAAAUGUGUGGAGCGAAAAUUUCGAAGAAGAUAAUUGGCGUAUUGCCGGUGGAAGCUCGGGAGGUUCUGCUCUGGCAGUAGCCACUGGCAUGUGUUACGGCUCCAUUGGUUCUGACACUGGAGGUUCUACGCGCAAUCCUGCUUCAUAUUGUGGUGUGGUUGGCUUAAAACCUACAUAUGGUAUGGUUUCUAGACAUGGUUUAAUACCUUUAGUAAACUCUAUGGAUGUACCCGGCAUAUUUGCACGUAGCAUUGAAGAUUGUGCUGAAAUAUUAAAUGUCAUAGCCGGACCUGAUCCAUUUGACUCAACUAUGUUUAAGCAGCCUUUCAAACCCAUACAACUACCAGAACCUGAUCAAAUAAAACUAAGUGCUAUACGUAUUGGAAUACCUAAGGAAUAUUUUUGUGAUGGGCUUUCGCCAGAUGUAUUGGAAACCUGGAAGAAGAUAGCUGACAUUUUAGAAGACGGUGGAGCACAGGUAAAAUCUGUUUCUUUGCCACACACUGCCAGUAGCAUAUUUGUGUACUCCAUAUUGAAUCAGUGCGAAGUGGCCAGUAACAUGGCUCGAUAUGAUGGCAUAGAAUAUGGAUACCGCGCUGAUGCCGACCGCAGCACCGAAGAGUUAUAUGCUAAGACAAGAGCAGCAGGUUUCAACAGCGUUGUUAAGAAUCGUAUUCUCUCAGGCAAUUACUAUUUGUUACGUGAGAACUAUGAGAAGUAUUUCGAAAAGGCUUUAAGAGUACGACGGCUAAUAUCGGAUGACUUCAAAAAAGUAUUUGUCCACACCAGUGAUAAGAAUAAAGUGGACGUUCUGCUUACACCAACAACUCUAACGGUUGCUCCCUUAUAUAAGGAUUUCACUUCCGUCUCCAACCGAGAUCAAUGCGCAGUGCAGGAUUUCUGCACGCAACCUGCAAACAUGGCAGGGAUUCCUGCAAUUUCCUUGCCCAUACGGCUAUCAGAGCAAGGUCUACCUAUUUCCCUACAGCUGAUGAGUAACAUGUUCAACGAAACGCUUCUACUAACGAUUGCAAGAUGGAUAGAAUCCCAGGUGGAAUUUGAUUGUCUUAGUAAUGAACAACUCUAUAAAAUAAGAAAAUAAUUUAUUUGGUAUUCAUACAAUAAAAAUGUUUUAACUAUUCUUUACACUAGUACCUAUGUACUAGUAAAUAAUUAAGGGCUUUAAUAGCCACAACUUAUAAAACCAUUAA